UGUUUGACUUUCGACGGCUGCCUUUUAAAAAGCGCAAAUUGAGAUGUGUUCCCGCAAGAUUAUCCCACCAGUCUUAUAGGGGCCGAUUUGGGCUAUAAUGUCAUAGUUAUAGCUUACAACCCACUUGGCUGGCAGCACGCGCGUGCGCGGCAAUCGCGGUCUAUCGGGCGUCAGGACGAAGGACGAGUUCUAGAGAAAUGAUUGCUAUCGCGAAUUGGAGACGCGGCAGGAACUCGACUUUUAGUGCUCAGUGCUCAGCGGAAUUUGGUGCCAUUUCAACGUGUUCUCGGGCGACCAAUCCCCAAAAUUGGUAUUUAUUGUUGCAAAUCGCUCGCCACCAUCCGUGUGCGUGUGUGUGUAUGCGUUAAGUCGCGUGUGUGUGAGUUUGUGCGGCGAGGGGCGGCGAAAAGCACGCUACAGGAAAACAUAUACGAAAACCGAUUAAAGAGCAAUUUGCAAAGCGGCCAAUAAAAUGCAAAGUAAAUAAAUGGCCCACAACUCAAUUAACAGUUUAUCGUUCGGCGAAAGUACACACGAAUAAUUCACACUCAAAUUCAAAUUGAAAUCAAAGUCAACAUUGAAACAGUGAAGAUGAAAACGCGCCUCGUUUCGCUAACUUUCCGCGGCAGUGCAUCCGUGGAUCCACGCUACUCCGCUUCCAUGUUGCCCUGGACCAUCAACGAUAUAAGGUCCACGGAGAGCUACACGAAGCUGUCGGUGGGCAUCGAGCAUGGCAUCCUGGAGUCGUACAACUCGGACUUUGAGCUGCAGUUCAGCCAUCCCCUGAAGCAUAUCGUCGGCAUGUGCCGCAUUAUCCAUAAGCCACAGGCGAAGAGCAUCGGCAACGGCUUCCUGCAACUGAAGUCGAGUGCUGGACAGGCGUCGGCCUCCUCAGCAGUCGCAUCCUCGAUGGCCGGCGGAGGCGGCAGCUCGCUGAAUGGCAACGGACUGCGCCACACACUGACCGCAUCCACGUCGUAUGGCUCGCUCUCCUCCAGUGCGGCGUGUGCUUAUCAGCUGCAGUUGCAGCAGUCGGCGGAGGCAUCCGCGGAGCAGCCGCAGAACUUUAUGGAGUUCCAAGGACCCAUCACCGGACUGGUCUACUUGCUAAAGGAUCCCAAGGACCCGCUGCUGCACAUCUAUUUGUUCGAGUGCGAGGCCGUCGAGGAGAUGGCCGAGCUGAUGCACCAGAUGCGGGAUCCGGCCCACACGCUGGGAGGUUCCGUGGGCAGCAUUCCGCAGACGCUGAUCGGCGGCGGCGGAGGAGGCAGCCACGGAAACUCCAAUGGAGCACUGAACGGAAUCCAUGCCACGCCCGCCACGAAUCUGAAGAUGAGCGAGGCGAUGCGCAACGCACAGCACGACGCCAGUCCCAAUCCGGUUAGUUCAAAGAUGAAGGCCUCAAAGUCAUACACCCAUGGCCUGAGUAGCUCCUCGGGCACGGUGAACAUUCCCACGUCCACGUCGGCCCAGAGCAAUCUCUCCCUGCUGGCGGACAUCUCCCCAAAUCACACGCACUUCUUCGAGGUGAUGUACGUGGGCAAGAUCCGGGUGUCCCAGAAGCGGGUGCCCAACACCUUCAUUGACGACGCCCUGCCCAAGUUCAAGGCGUAUGAUGCUCAACGCUUGAGACUUCUCCAGAAUCGCAAGAUGUCUCUCAGCAGUGAGGGUGGUGUGGGCAUCGAAGCGAAACCCAGCAGCUCCCUUACGAGUCACGACUUGAAGGAGGAGGACGAGGAGGAGCACGAGCUCAAGGGGCAGGAGGAUGCACAGGCAAAACCCGUGGUGCAACUACAACUGACGGGCGCAGAAGAAGGAGCAGCACCACGACCCCUGGAGGAUGACAAAGAGAACAAGUCGCCGGAGAAACGGCCGCUGCUGCGAGGUCAGAGUCAAAUCGAACUGGGCCACAAGGAGCACUCCAACGGCUCUGAGCCAUCAGCAUCCCAUAGCCAACUGGAGGCACACAAUGUCAUUGUAAACAAGCAGCCCACGCCGCCCAGGGAGCAGGCAGUGGGCACUGGGACCGGGAGUGGCAAUGGAAAUGGCGAUGCUACUUCCGCUUCUGCGGGUCCCAGUCAACUGCAUCCCAAUUAUGCGAUGGAUAACAUACCCAAGUUGAGGGAUCGCUCCGCCUCGCAGGGCUGCAUUCCGCCGUAUGUGGAGCAGAACCGGACGAUGGUAUUCCUAGUGGGUCGAUGCGAUCUCCGUCUCAUCUCGCCGGAUCGCAAGCAAGUGCUGCUCUACAAGGACUUCAAGGACGUGGCCAGCUGCGUGCACGGCCAGAAGUCGCUGGAUCACUUUGGCAUCAUCUGCCGGGAGCUGAACAACGAUGGCUACAUUGGCUACGUGUUCAAGUGCCAGUCGGAGCAUGUGUGCGAUGACAUAGUGGCCGCCAUUGCUCAGGCCUUUGACACCUGCGCGGAGCAGAAGAAGAAGCAGGAUACCCAAAUCUUCAGUUGCGAGCACUGCCCAAUGCUGUGGUACCACAAGCUAUGCACCGACGUCGAAGGCCUUUCCGAGAAGAAGACCCAGGCACUGAUCCUGCGCCGCAUCGAGACUCUGAGUGACGACGAGCAGGAGAUUGUGUGGGCCAAGUUCUGUGGCUCUGAGAAGACCAAUGCUCCGGUGGCCGAGCAAAACCAGUUUCUCAUGAUGCUUCUUCGGGCGCACUGCGAGUCCAGACAGCAGAGGCAUGUCCACGACACCGCCGAGAACCGGUCGGAGUUCCUUAACCAAUAUCUCGGUGGCAGCACCAUAUUCAUGAAGGCCAAGCGCUCGCUGACCAACUCAUUUGAUAAUCUCCUCAAGCGAAAGCCCUCCAAGGAUGACAUUGCCGUACCGUCGCACAACUUAAGGGAUAUCAGGGAAGGAUCCGCCGAGCCGCUGGGCACCCAGUCACCUCCCGAGGGCUUCCGAUCGCGAUCGAACACUGUGGGAGCUAGUCCCAGCAGCAAGCCCACAGCUGAGCAGCUGAAGAGUCCCAUGAUGGACAUAUUCAUGAAGGUGGGCAACAGCCCCAAAGAGGCGGAAACCCAUCAGAGCUCCUGGCGACAGGCCAUACUUAAUAGUGUAGUGACACCAUCCAAGGGUCUGGAUAGUGAGGUUCCCACCGAGUUUCUCUCGCCAAUGCGAAAGCCUGUGAAGCGUGGUAAACGGGAUGCGGCAGAGUUAAGGGAACUGUGGCGCACUGCCAUUCGGCAGACUAUAAUGCUCAAUCGCAUGGAGACGGAGAACGCAAUGUUGCAGGCACGUCAGAAUGAAAACGAACUGAAGCGCAUUAAAUUGGACUACGAGGAGAUUGUGCCUUGCGACAAGCAGCUAAUCGAACGAUGGGAGCAGAUCAUCGAGCGCAACUCCACACAGAUAGGCAACAAGAAGGAUCCCAAAGUCCUGGGUCACGCCAUUCGCACCGGAGUACCGCGUUCAAAGCGCGGCGAUGUCUGGACCUUCCUGGCCGAGCAGCAUUCCAUGAACACGGCGCCGGUGGACACUAAGCGAUUCCCCAACUUCAAUACACCGUAUCACACGCUGCUGAAACACCUUACUGAGCAUCAACAUGCGAUUUUCAUCGAUCUGGGCAGAACGUUUCCCAAUCACCAGUUCUACAAGGAUCCGCUUGGUCUCGGCCAGUUGUCGCUGUUUAACCUGUUGAAGGCGUACUCCAUAUUAGAUCCGGAAUUAGGUUACUGUCAGGGUCUGGGCUUCAUCUGCGGCGUCUUACUUCUGCAUUGUGAUGAAGCCAAUGCAUUUCAACUGCUAAAGCACUUGAUGUUCCGCCGUAAUAUGCGCACAAAAUACCUGCCUGACAUGAAAAAGUUUCAACUGCAGCUGUAUCAGCUCUCCCGAUUGGUUAAGGAUCAUCUGCCAGAUCUGUACGUGUGGCUCGAUCAAAACGAUGUCUCGCCUACUUUGUAUGCUGCUCCAUGGAUCCUCACCGUCUUUAGCUCACAGUUCCCGCUGGGAUUUGUGGCCCGUGUAUUUGAUCUGCUCUUCCUGGAAUCCUCCGAUGUAAUCUUUAAGUUUGCCAUUGCCUUGCUCUCCGUGCAUAAGCAGCAACUACUGGCCAAGGAUAACUUCGAAGAAAUUAUGGACUACCUGAAGACGGUGGUGCCAAAGAUGGAGCACUCGUGCAUGGAACAGAUUAUGAAGCUGGUCUUUAGCAUGGACAUAGGAAAGCAGCUUGCCGAAUACAAUGUGGAAUACAACGUGCUUCAGGAGGAGAUUACCACCACCAACCAUCACCUAGAAAUGCUAAACAGAGAGAAGACGCAGAACCAGCAUCUGGAGCAACAAUUGCAGUUUGCUCAAUCGUCGAUUGCUCAGUUGGAGACCACUCGUUCCUCACAGCAAGCUCAGAUAACCACGCUGCAAUCGCAGGUUCAGUCUCUGGAGCUAACCAUCCAAACGCUCGGUCGCUAUGUUGGCCAACUGGUGGAACACAAUCCCGACCUGGAGCUGCCAAACGAGGUGCGGCGCAUGCUCCAGCAGCUGGACGACUUGGAUCGACAGCGUCGCAAACCGAUAUUCACCGAACGCAAGAUCGGCAAAUCCGUUUCCGUCAAUAGUCACUUGGGGUUUCCACUCAAGGUGCUCGAAGAGCUGACCGAAAGAGACGAACUUGGUUCGCCACAAAAGCAGAAGAAGGAGAAGACACCUUUUUUUGAGCAGUUGCGUCAGCAACAGCAACAGCAGCAGCAACAGCAUCGCCCCAACGGGCAGUACUCCAAUGUCGCUGAGUCGGUGUCCCCGACUCCACCUUCGCGACCCAAUCGCCUGCUGGACAAUGUCAGCGCACGGACUGUCAUGCAAGUGAAACUGGAUGAGCUGAAGCUGCCGGAGCAUGUGGAUAAGUUCGUGGCAAAUAUAAAAAGUCCCUUGGAGGUGGAUUCUGGAGUAGGAACGCCCCUCAGCCCGCCCAGCACGGCGAGCAACAGCAGCGGAGGCAGCAUAUUCAGCCGCAUGGGCUAUCGGACAACGCCCCCAGCUCUAUCUCCGCUGGCCCAGCGACAAAGUUACGGAGUGGCAAUUACCACGGCACCCUCUGCUCAGCACACGGAGGAAGUGGCGCCCACAACGACGAUGGCUGUAAUGCCUCGGGAGGAUGACGAGGAGCCGCAGCUCAUGCAUCCGCUCAGCAUAGUCGGGGGCGAUGUGAACGUGCGCUUCAAGGGCACCACGCAGCUGAAAUCCAUACGUCCGGUGCACCACAUGCGUGCGAUUCCGCUGAGUGGAGUGCAGCACCAAUCCAGCACGGAGUCCACGGUGCGAGUGGCUCCCGUGCCCGUGGAGCUGACUCCACCAGUGGCCACUGCAACCACCGGUCGCAGCUAACGGUUCUGAUUCAUCGGGAAGCUGCUGCGCGGAUUUUACCGCGAUUAGGGCCCGCCGGCAGAAUGGGCAGCUUUCAAACUCAAACGCUACUCAUAACCUUUUCUGUUGCGGCUUAGAUACGAUUAACCCAACCUAUAAGAUACAAACUUAUACUUCGCUUUCAAAUUGUGUGUAUGUGUCGAUGUACGCACAAGAUAGCCAUAGAUAUUGCUCCGGAAGUUAUGCAAUCGUUAUAAACUGAUGCCCCAAAAAUUAGACAAGUAUAAAUGCUUAUAGGAAUAAAUUGUAUAAUGCUUUUUCAAGGUUUUAUAAAUUUGGCUAACGCAUCAAAAUCGAAGCUUAUAACCUUAAGCAUCACCUUAAACAAGAUAAUCAAAAGGCAUUAAUGAUUCUGUAGUUUGUUUUUUUCCCUGCUUUUGACAUAACAUUUUAACGAAUUUACUUAGAAGUUUACUUGUUAAUUUUCGUGUUUCUUUAAUUCUAGACCAUUAGUUCUUAAUGUUAUUUUUAGUUUCUCUAUAUUUGUACAUUUCUCGCAGGGUUACACUUUGCAAUGUAUACAAAAGGCAAAAACCUAAUUUAUGAAACGAUGAUACUUGCUAUCUUGACUAGGAUACAACUUUCUUAAAUCUCUUUUGUUAAUUAUGGUACUUGGAUUGUAUUGAUUGUUUACAUAUAUAUAUACGAUUAUGAACUAUAAAAAUUAAAAAACAAUACAAGCAAAGUAAUUAAUUUUGUGUAAAGUACUUAAAUAUUGCUUAGCUGGACGGUUUUUAUCAGGCGUCCUGAGUUUUUGUAGCUGAUUUGUGUUAGAAUAUGAGUAAAAUCAACAAUUAUAUGAAAACAGAAUAAAUUCAUAAAUUAUUUAAUCAAA